CGCACAGUUCGAGGACAACUCCCAGCCUGAAAACUUCGGGACGAGAAGGAAAAAGAAUAUCAGACAUAUUUCUCAGAUACUUUCACCGGGAAGUCAUAUCAAUUUGAAACUUUUUUUUCUUCCUUUUUUACACUGAUGGACGAUUUAGAGCUUUUGCCUGAUGGACCUGCAGGAUGGCCAUGGCAUGCAGGGCAGAGGUGGCAUGUCCAGCAGCAGUGUAACCCUAAGGAAGAAGUAGUCUUACAGGCCCUGGAAGAGAGCUUAGGACGAUUCCAGGUGGUGGUACUCUGUGGGAGAAAGUUCUGGGGAAUUUUCAUCUAUCAACAGCUCAUCCUCAUCUGAAGCCCUGAAUGAAAUUAAGUGUACACCCUGUGAGACAACAUCGAAAUCAAUGUGCAAAAGGAGUGGAAGAUGCCCUGCUUGCUGAUCUGGAAAAUUCAGCCUUUCCUCUGGGUCACUAUCCUGUCCUACUGACCUCUGACCCUCCGGUGAACUCUGAUCCUCCAUCCAGUGCUCAGGAUCCUGCCCAGAACCGGCCACUCCCUCCAGCAUACACCCCGCAACAAACCGUUUCUGCUGCGAUGAAGUCGAAUGGCUCUCAGAACUCUAACCCAGACAAACUUUACAGUACCGUAUGUAAGCCACGCUUCCAACACACAGCAGACCCUCCUCCUGCUUUCACCUCUGCCUCGGUUCUGGGGGGAGGGCUGAGUGAACUUGAUCACUUACUACAGGAGCUUAAUGCCACACAGUUCAACAUAGCAGAUGAGAUUUUGGCUCAAUUUCCCAGCACCAAAAAAGAUGAUAAGUCUUCAAAGUCUGGUCCGUCCUCAACUUGCUCAGCGAAACCAUCAGCUACAUCUGCUACAUUAGAGCUGGACAAACUAAUGGCAUCUCUGUCAGAUUUCAGAGUCCAAAGCACACCAGCAGUAACUGUGGCGGCAUCUCCACAGCAAACAGCUUCUCGACCCCCUGCAUCCUCUGGAGGCUCGUUGGACAGCAUGUUGGGUCUCCUCCAAUCAGAUCUGAGUAGACAGGGAGUGCCUACCUCCUCGAAGGGAAACUGUUCCACUUGUCAGAAACCAGUUGUGGGACAGGUGGUAACAGCUCUGGGACGUGUUUGGCAUCCGGAGCAUUUUGUUUGCUCUGAGUGUGAAUGUGAGCUUGGCAAUUGUAAUUUCUUUGAGAAAGAUGGUCGACCAUACUGUGAGCCCGACUACUUCACCCUGUACUCACCUCACUGCGCACAAUGCAACAAGCCCAUACUCAAUAAAAUGGUGACGGCGCUGGAUAAAAACUGGCAUCCAGAAUGCUUUAGCUGUGUGAAAUGCAGCUGUCCAUUUGGAGAUGAAGGUUUUCAUGACCGUGAAGGGAAGCAGUACUGCCAGCAGUGUUUUCUAGCCCUUUUUGCCUCUCGUUGUCAGGGUUGUUCCCAGCCCAUCAUGGAGAAUUACAUCUCAGCCCUAAGUGCUCUUUGGCAUCCACAAUGCUUUGUUUGUAGGGAAUGCUAUAGCCCAUUUGUGAAUGGGAGUUUCUUUGAGCAUGAGGGCCAACCCUUAUGUGAAGCUCACUACCACCAAUCACGAGGCAGCUUGUGCCAGGCAUGCCAGCAGCCCAUCCUGGGGCGCUGUGUCACUGCGAUGGGUGCCAAGUUUCACCCACACCAUCUGGUGUGCCACUUCUGCCUGAAACCCCUUAGUAAGGGCUGCUUCAAAGAGCAGGACAGCAAACCAUACUGCCACCCCUGCUUCAUCAAACUCUUUGGCUGAGAAGAACGAAGAGAGAUGAUUAAACAUAUUACUCAUGCAAUGUUUAUACUGUGAUGAAUAUUCUUUUCCUUUCUUCUCUUUCUAAA